AUGGAUUUGUACGAUUUUGAAAAAAAUAGAUUAGUUGAUUUGAUAAAUGAACGGAAAAGGCUAAUUAAUCUAUUAAAGAUAGAACCUUCGAUUAGGGAUAAUGACCAAAUAGAUCUUCAAUUGGGGAAAGUAUUCGAUAUUUUAGAUUCAAAUGAUUUUAAGUCAUCAGCUUCUAAGAAUGAAAUCGUUUUAUCAGAUUUAAAGCAGUUAAUUCUAGAUAUUCCUGAUUUAGAUUUGAACAGCUAUUUAAUUAGAAUUGAAGAUAUUGGAAAAGAUAUUCGAGAGUAUAAACAGCGGGCUGAACAAUCUAAAUAUUCUGAUAUAAAUGUGAAAAAGACAGUAAAAUUUGAUGAAGAUUCGAUUAAAAACAGUACUUGGAAAGAACAACAAAAAGAUAGUAAUGAUGAAUCACCACUUCUAGAUGAUUUAAACACUUCGACAAUUGACUAUAAUUUUCAGCCUUAUACAGAUAAUCCAACAUCGAAUACAAAUACCAAUACUAAUGCAUUUGAUCAUAGUUUGCUUUCAAAUCAAGAAAUAUUUGAGAAUAAUCAGACAUUACUAGACCAGCAAAAUGUUCAUCUAGAAACAUUAGCGUCAAGUGUAGGCAAAGGAAGAAAUUUAGCAAAAGAUAUAAAUUCGGAAGUUACUGAUCAGAAUAAUAAUUUACUAACAGAUUUAGAAAGGCUCGUAGAUAAUAGUCAUAGGAGGUUGGGUAGAGCUACAACAAGAUUAGACGUUUGGGACAGAGCCAGUAAAUCCACAAGAUCUUGGAGUAGAGGCUGUAUUAUUGUUGUUUUGGUUAUUAUUUUAAUUUUAUUAAUGCUGAUAUGA